AUGAUAGUCCAUGCAGUGGUGGCGUUACUGGUGAAGAAGCCGGUGCUCGACUUGCUCCGGCAGCUGCUGCCGGUAUUUUGGCUGUUCAACCUCAGCCUCCCGCUGGCGCGGAACCUUCACGGAAUAUGCCGGGUCUUCCGGCGGGCAUCGGCUCUGGUGCUCUUCCGCCUCGGUCACAUCCCCGGUGCCCGUGUCGCCCGCUUCCGCCGCGCCGUCCAGCUGCUCUGGUACGAGAUCGGUGCUUCCAGGGGAAACCUCGGGGGCCGCCAGCACCCCAGCGUCCUCGACGACAGCACCAUCAGUAGCCUCCUCUCUGUCGCCAUCUGA